CUCACUGAGUCUCUUGGUGGCAAAUUUAGUUUUAAAUCGAACUAGCAUGAUAAAUUAUACCGAUUCCUUGUUAACUAUCUGUAUGAUGGUAAUGUGUAUAAGACUGCAAUGUCGAUAAACACCAUUGAAUUGGCAUUUCCAGUUGACUUUUUGAAGACUUUGUUGUCAAAUGUUGUUGAGCUAAAACACAAACGUCAUUUUUCAGCUGCAGUGACGUCUACAUCAAGCUGGACAAACCGAUCGAGCCCAAAAUACGACGAAAGAGCUAGGACAGCGCGAACCUCUUGUACUUUAACCUCCUUUUGUUCUAACUCAAAAACGAUACACAUUUCUAUAGUUGUUGAUUCUCCAUUUGUAAACAGUGGUACUCUCAGUUGUUGUGUUGAGGAUGUUGAUGAAAUAACAUGUAAAUCAACACAACUGCAAACUGUUGCAAACAAAUCGGUGGAUGCAGUAAAACAAAUUGAUACUUGUAUAAGCAGUAAACACAGUAGACAUGCUCGUACUGACACUGCUGUCAAGGUUAUAAACCACAGAUUUAACAUGAGUAAUCAUUUGCAGAAUAGAUAUGAAAGGUUACGUAGCCACUGUAAACGAACUCGAAUGCUACCAAGAUCACUUCAGAAUGAUUACAUAACAACAUGGAAACCAUCAAAUAAGUAUGGUCACGACAAGAAAAUAUCAGAGAAGUGCAGUACGAAAGUCCAAUCUAGCGUGUCAAAACGUACACCUACAUCUAGAGUGUUUAAAAAAUCUGGUACCCUUAAAAAUGAUGAACAAUCACUGCAAGAAUGUAAAGUGAAACUUGUUGAUUGCAUAAAUAAAGAACAAAUAGUAGGUUUUGUACAAGAGUCAAAAAUUAAUUCUGAAAUUCAGAAAGUUGAUGGAAAAACAUUUGUGAUAUUUAAUUUACAAAAUAGUAAAUGUAGUGCAAAACAUUCAGGACCAAAAACAAGGCAACAAUCUGCUGCAAAAACAACAGCUGUAACAGGUGAAGAGACUUCGCUGGAAAUGACCGUAAACUCUCAUAUUGGCCAUGGUGCAGGAUCUGAACCUGAUGAAGAAGAAAAUGCUGAUCAUGAUUUUGAUGGCUUUGAAGAUGAUGAAGAAUAUGAUGAUGAUGAUGCAGAUGAGAACUAUGAACCAGAGAAAAAGAGGUACAAAGGUCAUCACAGCAUGGCCAGAUCUGUUUGGAAAUCGCCAAGAAAGAGAAAACGAGCUGGAAAAUCCACAAAGGGAAAUGAAGAUGAGAAUGAAGAUGAGAAUGCUGCUGAAAGCCAGAGUCAGAAAGUGAACGGAAAGAAAGCUAGAAAGGCAAACUCUAAGUCACUAACUGCAAAGCUAACAGUUCUGAAAAAACAACUUGUGGCAGAUUCAGCUGUACCAUUGGUCCAUAUAGAGUUAUCUGGGACAGAAUCUGGUCCUGAAGGAUCUCUGCAGCUGAAAUCAACCCAGUCUGUCAUUUUUACAUCAGUUGAGGGAGAAAACUUUGAGAUUUUGUCACCUACUUUGCUGAAAGGCAGUUACAAAAAAGAAACCUCUCAGACAUCUCCCUUGUUUUUACAGGGGUUAUCUGUAGCAAGCCAUUCGAGUACUUUGCUUGGACCAUUUAAAGCCGUCUAUGAUCCAGUUCCCCACCUGGAGCUGAUGUCACAGCAGGAGGCAAGAGGAGUGAGAAAACCUCAGGUGUCAGUUGAAAAGAAACCAAAACGACCUAUGAUGAUGCAGCUGAAGUGGCCCAAAACAGGAAUCCUCGGUGACAAGAGGCUGGCUAUGGUGGACCAUCAUUAUACAGGUGGGUGUCUCAUUAACGACAGACAGCAAACACUGGGAGCUAAUAAAACACAGAACACUGUGGACGUGAGCGGUGGAGAGAAAGAACAUGACAGUGAUGGUCCAGAGAGGAGAACGAAAGACAUCAUUCACCAGAGUCAGCUUGAUGGGUUAGAGUCAGAAGAUGAGAAUGAUCAACCAAUGAUGAUUAUCAGCAACCUUAAAGAAGCUUCACUGAAGUUUUACAAGAAAAAACAAAAUGUUGUUGUAAACCCUUCAUCUGCAGGCAGCUUGUUUGAGCCCGUUAACUUUGACGAUAUUCCUCCAGCGUUGCAGGAGGUUACGGUCGGUGUGUCUGGGAAAGCAGUCACUCACCAAUUUAAACUGAGGAACAAAAUCUUGAUUAACGGGGAACAGGUACAGAGUAAUCGUCUUGAAAAGACUAGUGAUGGCAUAGUUAUUGAAAGUCUGCAACAACUCGGUGAUGACACAGACAAGCUUCCAUUCACGUCCUUCACCUGUAAAUACUGCCUCAAAAUCCUCUCCAGUGCAGCCACAUUGUAUUCUCAUGCCAAAGUUGUUCAUGCUGGUGCAUCUGACAUGCAGAGCUAUUUGCAAGAAAUCAAAUUAAAAAUGAGAGUCAGGUGCCCUCACUGUGUGGAAGAUGUUUGGCUCUUGGGAUACCAGAAUUUAGCCCAACAUACUAAAACAUUUCAUCAAGAUGCUUCAAGUGUCCCCUUGCAACGUCUGUUGUCUUCGGAAGAGAAAGUCGACAGGAGGAGAAGGCGCUAUGGCGUGGAUUCAGUGAUGCUCUGUCAUCAGUGUCCAGCAACAUUCAAAUGCAAGUCUUUCUUUGAGAAGCACUUGCAGGAGCAUGUUAUAGUGGAGGAUGUUAAGGAUGGUGGGCAGCUUCCUGGUAGUAGACAUAUUCCCGAUAGUGGACAGCUUCCUGGUAGUGGUCAGAUUCCCGAUAGUGGGCAGCUUCCCGGUAGUGGGCAGCUUCCUGGUAGUGGACAGAUUCCUGGUAGUGGACAGCUUCCCGAUAGUGGGCAGCUUCCCGGUAGUGGACAGCUUCCCGGUAGUGGACAGCUUCCCGGUAGUGGACAACUUCCCGGUAGUGGACAGCUUCCUGAUAGUGGACAUAUUUCAGCUGCAACAAAACAGCUUGACAAAUCUGAAACGGCAGGUGACCCAGUUCAGCCUCCUUUUUUCAGAUGUGAGAAGUGUGAGAUGGUUCUACACACAGAAGAAGAGCUUAGAAAUCAUUUUUCACGUGCUCACAGUUUGGAAUCAAAAUCCAGUCUUAUCACUUGUGAUAUCUGUUGUGAAUCUUUCGAUAGUUUGAGUAAAGUGAAACAGCACAAGAUGGACGAACAUGAUGGACGAGUACCUCUACACUGUCCUUUCUGUGUGUUAGGCUACCACGACAGGCUCAACCUGUACAGGCAUAUAGGCCAUGUACAUUUAGAUGUUUCGCCUCACAAAUGCCCCUAUUGUCCCAAGUUGUUUGACAGAGUCACAUCUCUGGACCACCAUCUGCACAAGCAGCACAAAGACGAGUUGGACGAUUCAGUGAUAGAGGGCAUCAGACACACACAGGAGCUGCUGGAGUGUCCAUAUUGUCCGGAUGUCUUCAUCAGUGGAAACCCUUUGGUGCAGCAUCUCCUUGACAGCCAUCAGGACACAUUUCCUUACAGGUGCUCGAGAUGCACACUGCGCUUCCUAACAGAAAAGCUGAUGCAGCACCAUCUAGCUAAUGCCCACUGGAACCAGACUUCAGAGAAAAGCUCUUUGGUGUCAAGGUCAAAGGAUUCAAAUAAGAUACUAGAUUAUGAGUUGAAAACCCCAAUUGGAACUGACAGUGGGUAUGCUGAGAAUAAAGCAGAAAAUGUUAUUAAGUCUAUAGAUGAUUUACCAAUUGAAGCACAGAAAGCUGUGAAAGAUCUUCAGAAACGUGGAAAGUCUGCCGUAGUUGUUGUCAAUUUUCAUGAGGAGAAAGGUAAAGCGAGUCAAAAUGGAAACAAACUCAAUGUUUCCAACAGAACCCAGUUGACUACAAAUGAAUCAGACAUGGUAAAUGCUGAGUCUGUUUCACUGACGAGUCAUUUUCAUAGACCCUCGGAGAUUUAUACAGAACCUGAUGUUGAUACAGAUAUUUCAGAUCUUUCGAGAGUACAUCUGUCUAGCAAGCAUGGAAUACCAGCAUUAGAAUCAUCAGCUGGAUUGGUGAAGCAUGUUACUGUUGAUGAUACAUGCCCUGCUCCUCUGUCCAGUUACACAGAGUUACCAGCUGUGGAGACGGGGAUUCCUUUGGCUCACUAUGUUGCCAUUAGUGAUGGUAACACAACUACGUAUACUACAGCUGAGGCCCUGAGCUAUUAUGAAGCAGGUGAAUCUGUGUCUGGCUCGGUUGAGGUGGAUCCUGCUUCCUACAUUGAGGAGUAUGUGUACGGAGGCCAGCCUACUGAGGUAGUGGAGGAAAUCAUUGAUGAUUCGUCGGUUGAGACCGGGGUCCUGGAAGGUUAUGGGGAAGUGAUCGCCAUCCCAGUCUCCCAGUUCGGUGAACAUUCUGUCUAUCACGGGCAUCAGAUUGAGAUUCUGUCCGGGUCAGACACGAUAUCUACAGCAGACUUCAUGAAGCUGAUUGGGGAUUCAAAUCUAAAAUAUACACCUGGAAAUUAAUUAGGUACCACGUGAAUUGUAUUGCAGGCUCUAGAAGGCGUCUAGAAGUAGUUGUCCAUGCCAACGUGGUUUAAAGCUGAUAUUAAGAGUUGUUACAUGUUCUGUGUCUACUGGGUAUUAACCAAGAUGAAAUUAUUAACUUACUUACGUUAAUGUGAUUUCAGGUCAUUAGAUAAUUACUGAACAUUUUCAAACAUAUUUACGGAUUGUGGCUUUUUCUCUAGAAUAAAUUAAUUUAAGUGUUUUGUAUCCACCAAAUGGUCACAACUACUUCCAGGGUAUAAGUCAUAUAAUCAAAACUACGUGGUGCCUAAGUAAUUUCUACGGCUCCGUUUUACGAAGCAAUCUUUGCGCUAAGAUCACCUUAAUUGCAUAACACUAACAUCGUGUCGUAAAACGGGGACAGGUGUAUAAUUCACAAUCAGGGGAUGGACCUCCAGACUAGCAGUGUCCUGUCAUAAAGUUGUUGUUCACACUGUUCUAUCAGUGCAGGGCUCAUGGUGUGACAGAAUGAACUGGUCAUCCGCUACGUUCAACGCGUAUGGCAUCCGCGGAAACAGUGUUAUUACCUAACACGGCCCUAGUGGCCGGGACGUAGCAUAGAGGUAAAGCGCUCGCCUCAUGCACAGUCGUUCUGGGAUCGAUACCCGUUUGCAGGCCCAUUGGAUUAUUUCUCAUUCCAGCCAGUGCACCCCAACUGGUAUAUCAAAGGCUUUUGUAUGUGCU